AUGUCAACAGUAAUCCUAGGAGGAGGUAUCAUCGGCACCUCAAUCGCAUACCAUCUAUCAAAAAGCCAACCGGAAACAGAAAUACACAUCAUCGAACAAUCAUCCCAGUUAUUCAGCUCAGCUUCAGGAUAUGCAGGUGGAUUCCUUGCGCGUGAUUGGUUCGCGCCAUCACUUGCUUCCCUCGGCGCACUAUCCUUUGAUUUACACCAUCGGCUUUCUUCUGAAAAAGACGGGGCUAAGAAAUGGGGAUUCAUGAAGGGAACUGCAUUUAAUUUAGACUCGGUACCUAAUCAGAGACGCGGUGGUGCUGGUUCAGACGACUGGAUCCAUGAUGGGACCAGUCGUGCGGAGACGGCAGCUGCUAUAGAUGCCUUGUCAGCUGAAUGGCCGGCUUGGUUAACGAAGCAGGAUGGUCGUGUUAUUGAGCGUAUCAGUGAAGGAGAAACGGUCGCACAGGUAGAUCCUUUGCGAUUAAGUCGGUUUUUAAUGGAUGAGGCGCUCCUACAUGGAGUGAAGCUCCACCACCCUGCAAAAGCAACUGAGAUAAUCAAGGAUGAGAGUGGGACUAUUAUCGGAGUGAAGGUACUUGAUUUGAGAUCUAAAAACGAGUUCAUUCUACCAUGCACAAAUUUAGUGCUGAGUGCGGGUGCAUGGACUCCACAAGUUCUACAUGAGCUCUUCCCUUCAAACGAACUUUCUUUCAACAUUUCGCCGUUAGCAGGGUAUUCUUUGGUCGUCCGUUCUCCACGAUAUACACUUGAUCAUGAGCGAGUGAUCAACAAUGGACGCAGCCAUGCACUUUUCACUGAGCAUCCAGCAUCAUGCGGCUUUAGUCCGGAGAUAUUCACCCGGGAAGGAGGCGAGAUCUACAUCGCUGGUCUUAAUCCCGAUCUGAGUCUUCCAUCUUGCGUGGCAGAUGUACGGCAACUUUGGGAUCCGACAGAGAUGCAGAAAUUAAAAGAUGUUGCCGUUCGCCUUAUGGGUCAGCUACCCGGUGAUUCGUUUGGAUCGUCAGAUCAUAUAAGAAACACAGAUGAUUUGGAAAUUUUACGUGAGGGUCUCUGUUUUCGUCCUGUUGGUGAUAAUGAGAUUCCUACUAUUGGGCGAAUUAGAGACUCUUCUUUAGGCGACGGUGUGAGGGCCUCGGGCGGGGGUGGUGUUUAUAUUGCGAGCGGGCAUGGGCCGUGGGGGAUAUCUCUCAGUUUGGGUACUGGGAAGGUUAUGGCUGACUUGAUUCAGGGAGAACUUGUGUCGGCGGAUGUGAGUCAACUUGCUGUGAAGUAG